UAAAAAUCAAUUAUUGACUUAUGUCAUAUGGAAAUGUCAUGCCAAAUAUUGUUUUUCAGAAUGGAGUCAUGGGUUGUGAGAUGGUUGUUCAAGUUUUAUUAAUUUUUCCAAAAGUAUUGACUUUCUGAAACUGUUUUGAUGUAGUGUAAGCAACUUAAUUUACCAGAGAUUCUUCGUUAAGCGAUAUCACCACCCAUGUAAUUCAUAGGUUGAUGACGAUGCCGCAGCCAUCCUACCAUGGGCGAUGACGUAAUCCACCGGAUGUGCUGGCGAACCGUUCUCCUGAUGCUCGCCACAACCUUGGUCGGAUUCAAAAGCGAUGGUGCUUCCCUCUGUCCCGCAGGCUGCCGUUGUGAGAAUGAUGUGCUGAAGACGUCUUGUGCUUCAGCAUCUUUGCAGGUGGUCCCUAUUCAACUCAACCCUGAGCUACGCGUUUUGGACCUCUCCAGUAACAAGAUCCUACACAUUCACUUUUCUUUCGAAUUUUACGAAAACCUAGUGUCGCUGAACCUGUCGGACAACAGAAUAAAAACGUUAGGAAAUUCUAAUUUCAACUCUCAAAAGAAUCUGACUUACCUAGACGUCAGCAACAAUCAGAUAGAGAAUAUCACCAAAGACUCGCUUAAAGGACUCAAAGUCCUGACACAUCUUGACGUCAGCAAUAAUACCCUCCAAGACAUAAAUUCGAUGGCGUUCAGAGACUUGCACUCUCUGGCAGUUCUCAAACUUAAUUCGAAUAAGUUGGUUCACUUAGAGGAACAAAUGUUCAAAAAUAACAGAGAAUUGAGAAAGCUCUAUCUCAGUGAUAACCAGUUUCUAAGAAUACCGACAGUUGCUUUAACUGAUGCUUUACAUUUGCAUUUUUUAACAAUGUCGCGAAAUUUGCUGCUUUCUAUAGAAGCAAACGAGAUGCCUAACUUACCUGAACUUCACACACUUCACAUGGACAGUAAUAUCAUCUCAGAAAUUCAUCCAGAUGGGUUGUCAGGACUUCCAGUUCUGGGAUAUUUGGAUAUUUGCGACAACAACUUGACUUCAUUACCUACUGAAUCUCUGGCAAAGCUAUCGAGUCUGAACAUGUUGAAACUGAGUGGGAAUUUUAUCGAAUCCAUACCACCAGUAGCUUUUAAGGGUUUGUUCCACCUCAAAACGUUAAAAAUCGAUAGAUUAGAAUUAUUGGAAGAAAUUGACGUUAGAGCGUUCGUCGAUAAUAUAAACCUAGAGAAGGUAAAUAUGGACUUCAAUGUGAAAGUAAGAACAUUACCUACAAGGUUGUUCCACAGCAACUCAAAGCUGAGGUAUAUUUCGGUAAGGUACAAUAGCUUAGAGAAUUUAGAUGCUACACAUUUUCCUUUGGACCAACUUUCCGAGUUGAAAAUCGGAGGAAAUCCUCUACAAUGCAAUUGCUCUUUAGGAUGGUUGUGGCAGAUUAUCAAGGAAAGUAAAUCAAAAACGUUGAAUCAAACUGACAAUUUGAUACUCGACGAAAACGAUAUCAUCUGUAGCGGGCCUGAAGAACUAAGAGGAGCUAUGCUAUCCACAGCUUCAAGCACUCAAAUGAGUUGCUCUGUUGGUUGGAUAGCUACGAUAUCUGUCAUAGUGACAGUUAUAUUUGUUCUAAUAGUGAUAGGAGGUGUUUUGUAUUGGGCGCCAAAACACAAACCAAGAAGAACCAAAUCGGAUUUAUCUGUCGAACAGAACCCUGUUCCACAAUGUAGCUCAAGUAAGAGGUCUCCGUUUGAGCCUGUACAAGUGGAGAAAUACAUUAUACCCCCUCCUAUGGUACACGAUUAUAGGUCGUUACAUUCUUGGGAUCCUUACGAGGAAAGCAGUAUAAAUAUAUAUGAACCUUUAAAUGACCACUGUGACAGGCCGCAUAUUGUUUAUGUUUAAUUUGUUCGUGCUGUAGAGUUGGAGCAUGCGCUGUGGAGUUGUCUAAUUUACGAAAUACGUAUUUGAUGAAUAUACGAAGAUAUGGGAAUUAUCUUGCUCACUACAAAGGGCGCUGUAAAAUAGUUUCUUUUUCAGAUUAAUUACGUUUGAAAUAACAAAGUUAAUUAACGGUUAAGCAGAAAGUAAAAAAAAAUAUGAAGAAAAGUACUCGCCG